AUGGCUUUCCUUGUGAGUCUGGGGGUGGCGGUGGGUUUUCUCUGUGUGCUGUGCAGCUUUUUCAGGAGGUGGAACGAGCUGAGGUACUGGCGGAGGGGCCUCCCACCGGGAACGAUGGGCUGGCCGGUCGUCGGCGACACGAUCGAGUUUCUCCGGCGGGGUCCAGACUUCAUGAAGAAGUAGAGAGCCAGGUGUGGUUUCUCCUCUCCGCUGUAAAUAAUGACCGUUGCGGCGGCGACAGCAAGCAAAAGCAGGCUGGUGGUGAUCGGAAAUAUCUGCAGGUACGGGAGCUUGUUCACUUCCCAUCUGCUGGGCAGCCCCUGUCGUGAACGGGGAGCCUUGCAUGUCUUCCACGUCGUUUCGCGUAACGGCAUAAGCCUUACACGUCUCGAGGCACACCGCCUAGGGCUGUAAGAGGUUUUCAAUGAGCGAGAUAGUCUUCCUUGUUCCUCCUACUGGGUUUUUCCUGUGACUCAAAAGGUGAUCUCGCCGGUGACGUCUUAACUGCCGUCGUCUCUCCGGCGAGUUUCUAACAAGUGGUAUCAGAGCUCCCAGGUUGCGGGCCGGGACUCGAUCGCGGCAAGGUACAGCCGUUGGAAUCGAGAACGCGCAAUUGAGACGCGCUAUGGCAGGAGGAAAGGACGGAGUGAUCCAGAGGGUGAUUCGUGAGGUGAGCGCCGGGACCGGGUUCCCAAUGCUCACCAAGACCAACUACUCCGACUGGGCACUGCUCAUGAAGGUCAAGCUCAGAGCCCGGUUGCUCUGGACCGCCAUUGAGAAAGGGGGCGUCGAACCCCACGAAGACAUGCAGGCGCUUGACGCGCUCUGCAGCGCCGUGCCGCCGGAAAUGUGGCCGGUGAUCGCGAACAAGGAGACGGCCAAGGAGGCCUGGGAGUCUAUCGCCACCAUGCGGAUCGGCGAUGACCGCGUCAAGAAAGCGUCGGCUCAGAACUUGUGGCGGCAGUUCGACUCGGCAACGUUCAAGGAGGGAGAGUCUGUUGAGGACUACGCGCUGCGUCUCAACAGCAUGGCGUCGACUCUCAACACCCUCGGCGACAAGGUCGAAGAGACGCAGGUAGUGGAGAAGAUAAUCCGCAGUGUUCCCCAGCGUUUCAGGCAGAUCGUGGUCGCGAUCACGAUGCUGCUCGACGUGUCGACGCUCACUGUCGCGGAUUUGACGGGUCGGCUCAAGGCGGCGGAGGAUGCCUUCGAGGAACUGCCGUCGGCUAUGCACCACAACGGCAAGCUGCACCUGACUGAGGAAGAGUGGGAUGCACGGCGGAGGAAGCGUGAUAAUGAGAAAACUGGUGAUGGAGGUAGCAGCAGCGUGACGCACCGUGUCAGACAUGGGCGCGGGCACGAGCGCGGCCGUGGCAGCGACAAGGGCUCGUCAUCAGGCGGCCUGACGGGCAACUCAGGCCGGCCCAGAGGUGAUGAGUGCAGGAGAUGCGGGAAGCUGGGCCACUGGGCCCGCGAGUGCCGCUCCAAGCCCAAGAAAGAGCAGGCCCACGUCGUCCAGAAUGAGGAGGAGGCCUCGCUCCUUCUCGUGAAGUCAACGACGGCCAGAUCGACGGUGCCGCCACCAACCUCCACUCCACCACGUUUUGCUGCGACUCCGCAGGCAGAGGAUCGGCUCCGGCGUGCAAGCCCACCGCCGUCGGGAGCAAAAGGGGUCCCCGUCAAUGGAGGGGCCGCCAAAGAAGAGCGGAAGCCAGGCGCCCAGACCCAGAUCCACCUGCGGGAAGAGAAGGUGUUCGCCCACCUUGAAGAGGAGGAGCUGCGUGAUGAGGAGGCGUGGGUCGUGGACACGGGCGCCACGAACCACAUGUCGGGUUCCCGUACAGCUUUCACCGAGCUGGACACGAAGGUACUUGGGACGGUGCGGUUCGGCGACGACUCGGUGGCGCGGAUCGAAGGCCGGGGGGCAAUCGUGUUCCUGUGCAAGAACGGCGAGCACCGGUCCUUCGUGGGGGUGUAUUACAUUCCCCGACUGACGACGAACAUCGUCAGCAUCGGCCAACUCGAUGAGGCCGGGUACCAUAUCGACAUCGAGAAGGGGGCGAUGAAGAUCCAUGAGCCAGGUGGACGGCUCCUAGCAAAGGUCAUGCGCGGAGAGAACAGGCUGUACAUUCUCCACGCCAAGCUGGUUCGGCAGGUGUGCCUGGAGGCGCGGGCAGUCGAAGAAGCUUGGAAAUGGCACGCGCGCCUCGGCCAUGUCAACAUGACCGUGCUGCGGAAGAUGGCUCGGGAGGAGCUGGUGCGCGGGUUGCCGGCGGUUGGUCCGGUGGACCAGCUGUGUGAGGCGUGUCUCGCUGGCAAGCAAAAGCAGUCGCCGUUCCCCCAGCAGGGAGAGUACCGGGCGCGGCGUGUUCUGGAGCUGGUGCACAGCGACCUCUGUGGUCCGAUUGCGCCGGAAACGCCAAACGGCAGCAAGUAUUUCCUGCUGCUCGUGGAUGAUCGAAGCCGGUACAUGUGGGUGGCCAUGCUGCCUUCAAAGGACCGUGCUGCGGUGGCCAUCAAGGAGAUCAAGGCUCGCGCAGAAGGCGAGUCAGGACUGAAGCUGGGAGCGCUCCGUACUGAUCGGGGCGGCGAAUUCACCUCACAUGAGUUCGCGGAGUACUGCGCGGGAGAAGGUAUUCAUCGUGAACACACGACGCCAUACAGCCCGCAGCAGAAUGGCAUCGUCGAGCGCAGGAACGGCACGGUGGUAGCAACCGCGAGGAGCAUGCUCAAGGCAAAGGGGCUGCCGGGCUGGUUUUGGGGUGAGGCAGUGGCAACUGCUGUAUACAUCCUGAACCGGUGUCCCAUGAAGAGCGUGGACGGCAUGACGCCUUUCGAGGUAUGGCACGGGAAGAAGCCGGCGGUGCACCAUCUGAAGGUGUUCGGAUGCAUCGCCUACGUCCUGAACACGACACCGCAUCUCAAGAAGCUGGAGGACCGCGGCCGCAAGAUGAUCUUCAUCGGCUACGAGUACGGAUCAAAGGCCUACCGAGCCUACGAUCCCACCGCGAGGCGUGUCCAUGUGACACGGGACGUGGUGUUCGACGAGAAUGCUCAGUGGGACUGGGGCAGCGGCGCGGAGCAAGGGGAUGCGGGCAGCCAUGACGAUAUGUUCACAUUGGAGUAUGCCGUCGGGAACCAAGUACCUCCAGAGCUCGAUGGCGCCAUCGAGGUACUUGAUGAUGAUGCGCCGGGACCGGAGCCGAUGUCGCCACCGUCUGUGCACUACAGUGGGGGAGCAGCGCCGAUUGAAGAUGGAGGAGAGGAGGUGGAGUUCGCCUCUCCACUGAGUGUCCACAUUGACCACCUGGACGCUAAUCACGAUGAUGCGCCACUCUGGUUCCGCAAGAUCGACAACAUCGUUGGGCUGGCCUCGCCACGUGGUCUCACGUCGCGGGCGUUAAUUGCAAAGGAGCUGCACGCUAUAAGUUCUGAUGAGCCGAUCUCUUUUGUUGAAGCAGAGGGCUACCCGAGCUGGAGGAAGGCUAUGGAGGAGGAGAUGGCGUCGAUCGAGGAAAACCGCACCUGGUCCCUGGUAGACCUCCCACAUGGUCGCCGGGAGAUCGGGUUGAAGUGGGUGUACAAGGUGAAGCGGGAUGAAAAUGGAGCCGUGGCGAAGUACAAGGCGCGCCUGGUGGUGAAGGGCUAUGCGCAACGCCAAGGGAUCGACUACGACGAGGUGUUCGCACCUGUGGCGCGGCUAGACACGGUGCGCCUUCUCAUUGCUCUCGCGGCACACGAGGGGUGGGAGGUGCACCACAUGGAUGUCAAGUCGGCGUUCUUGAAUGGCGAUCUCAAGGAAGAGGUGUACGUGGAGCAGCCAGCCGGUUUCAUCAGCACGGGCAAUGAGCACAAGAUAUUUAAGCUGAAGAAGGCACUCUACGGCUUACAUCAGGCACCUAGGGCCUGGAACGCGAAGUUGGACAAAACGUUGCUGUCGUUCAGAUUCAGGAGGAGUCCCUCGGAACAUGCCAUCUACACCAGGUGGAAUGGGGAGGCACAGCUAAUGGUCGGGGUGUACGUCGAUGACCUGGUGAUCAUCGGCGCCAGCUGCGACGACAUCAAGCAUUUCAAAAAAGAGAUGGCUGACGCAUUCAAGAUGAGCGACCUCGGCCUACUUCGCUACUAUCUUGGCAUUGAAGUCAGGCAGAGUGCGAGGGGCACCUUGAUCAGCCAAGGAGCCUAUGCCGCCAAGAUUCUGGAGAGGAGCGGGAUGGCAGGGUGCAAUCCUUGUCAAGUACCAAUGACAACACGUCUGAAACUGAGCAAGAUGAGCACGGAGCCGCUGGUGGAUGCGACAGCAUACAGAAGCAUCGUGGGGAGUCUCAGGUACUUAGUCAAUACUCGUCCAGAUUUGGCAUUUGCGGUUGGCUAUGUGAGUCGUUUUCUAGAGGAGCCACGAAAGGAUCACUUGGCUGCUGUGAAGCAAAUUCUCCGCUAUGUGGCGGGAACCAAGAGUUGGGGUCUCAGGUAUGAAAGGAAAAAGGAGAAGCAAGUCCAGCUGACAGGGUUCAGCGAUAGUGACUUCGUUGGUGAUGUUGAUGCUCGGAAGAGCACGACUGGAAUUAUUUUCUUCUUGGCCAACAACCCAAUUACUUGGCAGUCAAUGAAACAGAAGGUGGUGGCUCAAUCUAGCUGCGAGGCAGAGUACAUUGCGGCCGCCAAUGCUGCUUGCCAGGGUGUGUGGCUCGCUCGGGUGUUAGCAGAGGUGCAUGGCUCAGCACUAAGCGUGCCGAUGCUGAAGGUGGACAACAAGUCUGCCAUAGCAUUGAUCAAGAACUCAGUUCUCCAUGGACAUAGCAAACACAUUGAAGUGAAGUAUCAUCUUGUCCGAGAAUCCGCAGAAAAGGGUCAGAUCAACGUGGAGUUCAUCAGGAGUGAAGAACAGUUAGGAGACGUUCUGACAAAGCCACUCGGAAAAGUCAAGUUCCAUGAGUUUCGCGCCAAGAUUGGGCUCGUUGAUGUUCGUGGUAAGUAUAGCAAGGCUCAGGAGGAGAUUG